UAAACGCACGCGCAGUGCACCAUGGGAAGGAAAAUGGCAGGCUGGAGACAAAAUAACGCAAACUUGUGUCGUUCUGAGGAACUUUGAGCCGUCGCGCUGAGGAAAACACCGCAAUGCAGAGGGCGAUUUUGUUCAGCGGCGCUUUCAGGGCGAUCCGGACGGGAUCAGGCGGACUUCGCGCGAGAUACCUGCACGAGAAUGCGCGCGGGAUCCAACUCGAGAUCAAAACCGGCGACGCCGCGGCACGGUUCAGCUGUUACAGCUUACCGCACAGGACUCUCAUCAACGUGUCUGGACGAGACACGAGCUCGUUCCUACAAGGAAUAAUAACCAACGACGUGGCUCUUCUGGAAGAGGACGCGGUGCGCGCGAUGUAUGCUCACGUUCUCAACGUUCAGGGCAGGACGCUGUACGACGUCAUCCUUUACAGUUUAAAAGGAAACCCGGAUGGGUUUAACGGCGUGCUCCUGGAGUGUGACAGCACUGUACGGGACGCCAUUAUGCGGCUUCUGAAGGUUUACAAGAUACGUCGCAAGGUAGAGUUCAGCUCGUGUCCCGCUCUCUCGGUGUGGGCUCUGUUGCCUCAAAGCAAAGCUGGCGUGGCGGAGCGGUCGAAGCCGGAGGUCGCUGCGGCUGAUAAAGUGUUAGUACUGGAGCAGGACCCAAGAACUGAACUCAUGGGCUGGAGAAUGAUCAGUAGCUGCCAGGAGAACCCACAUGAGAUCGUCUCUGCCUGUCAGGAGGGCCACACUGAAGAAUACCACAGACAUCGAUAUAAAAUCGGACUGCCUGAAGGAGUGAAAGAUCUUCCGCCAGGUGAGGCCCUUCCUCUGGAGUCUAACCUCGUCUACAUGCAGGGAAUUAACUUCAGCAAGGGAUGCUACCUCGGCCAGGAGCUGACUGCCAGAACUCACCACACUGGUGUGAUACGAAAGCGCCUGAUGCCCGUUACCAUGUCUGCUCCGGCUGAGACCCUGGAGCAAGGAGCCGCUCUAGAGACCGAGGGGGGUAAACCGGCUGGGAAACACAGGGCAGGGAUCGACACGCUGGGGUUGAGCCUCGUACGAUUGGCUCAUGCCAAAGAGACGCUAAAGCUGAAGUCCUCCGAUGGCGUGACCGUGACUUUACAGGCCACCGUACCUGACUGGUGGCCAAAAAACAGCAAAGAAUAAUCAACACUAGAAAG